AUGUCAACUUUCAACUACGGCUUCACGAUAGAAAAAGUGCAAACCUUAACUUAUACUAAUCGUGUUCUCUUUCUUCAUCUGUCACAACAUACGCUUAUUGCAGAUAAGAAUAUCUUUCUUUUUCCUUUCCUGGUAUCAACCGAACCUAAAUACAUUUCUCGACGAUACAUACAAGAUGCACGAGAAGCAUCAACGAUGCCGUUGAAACAGAAAUAUUACGUCCAUUCUGCUCAUAUUUACAAUCGAACGGCGCAAGCAAUCGACUUAAAAAUUUACUACUGUGGCGAGAAUCAACAUCACGAACAUGAAAUGAUACGUCUAAACCAAUUGGAAGGCCAUGGCGGACAUUAUUUUGCUGAAACGCGUUCCUAUGCUGACGCGCAUAUGAUCAUCGAUCGGCAUAUUUACAAAAUCGAAGUCGAAACUGCGGAUGGGAAAACAUUGGAAAUCAAAUGGCCGUACGACGGUUUAGUCGACCACCAUGAAAAAGAAUGGCAAUUCGAUGUUGAAGAUGAUGGAAUCAAAUCGAUUAAUCCACGUGUCUGA